AUGGUGCAAGCUUGGAAAAAGUGUGUAUACUGGCCCAAAAGUAGACCUUUUUCGAAUAGUAGCAUUAAACAGUCGCGCAAAUUCACGUUUACUUUUGAGGAACGUAAUGACGCGCUAGCAAAAUACCCCCGACGAUCCGCCCUGUAUCCGGUCCUGCCUCCGCCAAGAGCACCUUUACUGCCUUUAGCACAAAUAAAGGAAACCUUCAAGGAUAUCGAGCACACCCAAACGCUUGAAACACCGCAGUUUGAAAUAAGGGGUCGCAUCCAGGGUGUCAGGGCGGCUGGUCGUGGAUUAUUGUUCUUGGAUGUGGUUAAUGAUGAGGAGAAGAUUCAGGUCGUAGUCAAUGCUAAAAAGGCUGGGCUUUCGAAAAACGACCAGGAUAACCAAAAAUUGCUGCGGCCUGGCGAUUCAGUUGCUGUGUGUGGCAGACCUUGGCGUACACAAUCUGGCGAACUAUCUCUGUUGGCAAGUGGUCCCGUAACCUUACUCUCACCCUGUUUGCAUCCUCCCUUAGACGCUACUACGGGGAGCAUUGUUCGUCAACAUAACAGAGUUGCCGAACUUAAAUCGUUUGCUGAUGCGAGGCAGGUCUUAAGGGCACGCGAUACCGCGAUCGCACACAUUCAAUCUUUUUUUCGUGACAGAGGGUUUGUCCAUGUCCAGACCCCGAUUCUGUCACACCAAACUGGCGGUGCAACCGCUACUCCAUUUGUAACAGAAGAGGACCUUAGCCUCCGUAUUGCACCUGAGCUAUGGCUCAAAAGGUUGGUGAUUGGGGGGUUUGACAAAGUAUUUGAGAUUGGGCCAUCGUUCAGAAAUGAGGGCAUUGACGCUACACAUAAUCCAGAAUUUACAACGUGUGAGUUCUACAUGGCAUUUGCAAAUCUACGCGAUCUUAUGGAAUUGACCAAAGAGCUGUUAGUGUCCACUGCUGAAACAGUCACGAGUCGCUUUCCAGAAUAUCUAGAAAAUGCCCGCAUACUAUCUGUCAAGGAAUGGCCAGUUUACGACUACUUUGAAACUAUCGAAACUGAAUUGGGGUAUCCCUUACCUGCUGAGCUCACAAAAGAUAACCUGAUACCUAUUCUCCAAGAGCAUGGUCUGGAUGUUGAUGGUACAGAGUCUAGGCUCCUAGAUAGACUUUGUGGGCAUUUUAUUGAAAGCAAAUGCAUCAGCCCAUCAUUCAUCAUCAACCAUCCGGCUAUAAUGGCACCACUUGCAAAACAAAGUAGUGUUGAGAUCAACGGACGAGUUCGGCAGAUUUCACAUCGUUUCGAAUUAAUGAUCAACGGACGGGAGUACGUCAACGCCUACGAAGAACAGAACGAUCCUGAGCAGCAACUUGAGAUGCUCAAGCAGCAAGCAAAGGAACAGGGUCUAGAAACCGUCGCUGAUCUACCCUACGUUCAGGCUAUGGAGUGGGGUCUUCCACCAACUGGCGGAUGGGGUCUGGGAAUCGAUCGGUUGGUUAUGCUUUUGACAGGAAGUGAUCGAAUCCAUCAAGUCUUAACUUUCGGCGGGAUCAACCAAAUAGGUCGUCAAUAA